UUCCUCCCACGGAUUCACAGGAAACAGGCCAAACAGUUCAAAAGAUCUGAUUCUGAAGGCUGAAUAAAAGCAUGUAAAAAUAGUAAUUGUAUGGCAUUGAAACUAUUUUGGCGGAGAGAGCAGGGCUAGUUUAAAAAAAACAAGGCCCUCAGCAUUAGACAGUCUUUUGUUGAGAAAAAAUUCUCAAAAAGAUAUAACUGAAUCAUCAAUAACUGAACAAGGCAAAGCAGAAAUAAUUGUAGAAUAAUGAUUUACCCCAAUUUGAACCUUUGUUUGAGAAAUGAUAUGCACAUUAGAGGUUGACUUCCAAAUUGCCUAAUUCUUUGACAUAAUACUAACUAUAACUAGCAGUGGUCUGUUAAACAAAUGGGUUCUAAUUAAACUAUUAAUGAAUAAUAAAUGGGGCACAUGCAACAUACUGUGUUUAAAAAUAAAAUAUAAAUCUGGUGAAAAAUAAAAUGAACACCAUCCUCCCUUCAGUGAAAGGAAAAUACAGAACCUUCCCCAAUUCUGACCCCCCCCCUCUAAUAAUUUCCACACAGCCCCUUAGAAAUAUUAUUAGCAUUAACAAUGUAAGUUGUAACAAACUAAACUAAUGUGUCGCUUCAACCUAAGUGAACUAAUCCAUUCAAAUAUUUAUUACAAACUAAGAAACUUCUGUUCGCUUGAAGUAUAUUUCACAAAAUUGAAAAAUAUAAAUUAUGAUUAUUUAAAUUGUUCCAGCUUUGAGUAGAUUAAGAGUGGGGGAAAAAUUUGUUCACUGCACUGAAGGGGUGUUGCAUUUGAGCUGAUGUGUCCUUGAAGGCCUCGGCUUUUGCAUAAAUCACUUGUUAACUUGCAGGAUCAAAGGUCUCCUAUGAGUUAUCGCUGGAAUUUGCCCGGACGCUCAGUCAGUUCAGAGGCAGGCGAGACCGUGUGCCACCACUUCAGCGCUCCAACACGUGAAAACCUCCAGGUCCACCAGAAGGAAAAAAACUACCCCAAAUCCAACAAACAUGGACAACGCCUAUGACACAGUAUGCGAGGGAAGCGCGCAUGAAGAGAGCCGCGAUGGAGCGGACAGCCCCAACCCAGAGACCGCAUACGAGAACCCAGGUGAGGCGAAGGAGCGGCUGUACCGCGAGGUGCAGGUCCACGUCGCUGCGGAGGGAGAGCGCAGCUCGCCGGACUACAUGGACACCAGGGAUAAGGACAAACGAAGCGGCUCGUCCUCGUCCUCGUCCUCUUCCUCUUCAUCCAGCGACGACGAGGAGGCCAAAGCUGAGGAAGAGGUGAAAGCUGAGGAAGUGGCAGAGGUGAACGUGGAGCCGGAGCCUGCGGUGGAGGUCGAGGAAGUGAACGGCGAGGCGCGCGACGGAUCCAGGCGCUCGUCGGUCUCCUCAGCAUCCUCCGAGUCACUCGGAGACCCGUGCGACGACCCGCCGGUCCAGCCGAGGGUCCAGGAAGAAGAUGACGGGAUGCUGAUGUCCUACACAAAGCCCAGCACCGACACCACGCCUAAGGAGUCCGUCGACUACAGCCUGAAAACUCUGGAGAAUGUCACUCUGGAUGAGAGCAGUGCUGCGCCGGCUGAUCCCGGACAGCCGGACGUCUCUCUGUUCGUCAAGGCCGGCAACGACGGGGAGAGCAUCGGCAACUGUCCCUUCUCUCAGCGCCUCUUCAUGAUCCUCUGGCUCAAAGGAGUCGUGUUCAACGUUACCACCGUCGACCUCAAAAGGAAGCCGGCAGAUCUGCACAACCUGGCUCCGGGGACACACCCUCCUUUCCUGACCUUUAACGGAGAAGUGAAGACCGACAUCAACAAGAUCGAGGAGUUCCUGGAGGAAACGCUCUGUCCUCCAAAGUAUCCCAAACUAGCCGCCAAGCAGAGGGAGUCGAACACAGCUGGAAACGACAUCUUCGCCAAGUUCUCAGCCUACAUCAAGAACACCAAACCAGAGGCCAACGCCGUUCUAGAGAAAGGUUUGACCAAGGCCCUGAAGAAGCUGGAUGUCUACCUGAACAGCACCUUGCCGGAUGAGAUCGAUGCCGACAGCAUGGAGGAGGAGAAGGGCUCCAACCGAUGCUUCCUCGAUGGCAGCGAGCUCACUCUUGCAGACUGCAACCUGCUGCCUAAACUGCACAUAGUCGAGGUGGUUGCUAAGAAGUACCGCAACUACGACAUCCCCUCUGACAUGUCGGGGGUGUGGCGGUACCUGAAGAAUGCCUACACGCGCGAUGAAUUCACUAACACCUGCGCCGCUGACUCCGAGAUCGAGACCGCCUACAAGGACGUGGCGAGGAGAUUGGCCAAGUAACUCGCCAACCGACCCGAGCUGAAACAAGAUAAACUAGUAACACAACACAAAAAAGAUACACACAUGUGACUGUCCUUUUUGAGUCUUCUUUCGUGGCAUUUUCAGGAACCAGGAAUAUUUUUUGUCGUGUCAGACGUUGCAGAUGUCUGUGUUUUAGGGUGGCUGACAGGCCUGCUGCUUUACAGCUCGAUACGGUGUUGCAAUGGCAGAAACAGACGCGCCAAAGCCGAAGUGGAGCGGACGAUAAAUCAGGCACAUUUUAACGCAAUUCACAGGUUUUCAGACCACAUUCAAAGUUCGCUGCUGUGAAACGUCUGACACGACACUCUCACUCAAACGAUUGUGUCAGUCUGUUAUUUAUUUCUCACAACACAAAGCUUUUCUUUCAUACGUCCUCCAACGGUCCGCACGGCCAAACAUUUUUACAAGCUGCUGAUGUCAGGGUCGUUCU